CGUGCACCCCUUGCCAAAGAAGGAGACGUCAAGGCAGGAAUGCAGCUGGGGGCAUAAACAGGCCUAACAGUUCCCCUGCAGUGAUAUAAAUUUGGGUGGGAUGAGGGGCGUGUGGCCUUUUCCAUCACAGCAGAGCUGCCUUGGUGUUAUUGACGAUGGCCCCCAAGAAGGCUGCAGCCCCUCCUCCACCAGGCUGCUCCCUGGACAUUAAUGACCCUCAGGUGCAGGAUGCUGCCAUUCGCAUUCAGGCAUCCUACCGUGGACACAGGUCCCGCAAAGAGCUGAAAGAAAAGGGCCCCCCACGGGUGCUAGAGAACCUCAAAGAUGUGGUGCUGCUUGAGGGGAGUGCAGCCAAGCUUGAAUGCCGCAUCAGUGCCUUCCCUGACCCAUUCAUUCGCUGGUCCAAAGAUAAUGUGGAGCUCAAGGAUGGGCCGAAGUACCGCUACAUCUUUGAGGACCCUGAUAUUGUAGCACUGGUCGUGCGCGAUGGCACUAUUUCUGACCUGGGCAAGUACACCAUCUCUGUGAAGAACCCUUUUGGAGAGUGCUCGGAUUCAGCACGCCUCCUUGUGGAAGUACCUGCCAAGAUUGAAAAGGGUCCUGACAGCACAAAGGCCAAGAAGGGAAGUACAGUCAACCUGACGGCCCACAUCAGUGGGGAGCCAGCACCUGAUGUGGGCUGGGCCAAGGACGGGGAGGAUAUUGAAGAGGAUGAUCGUUUGUACUAUAAUAUCGGCAGUGAUUCAACAACUCUCACCAUCAAGAAGGUGACCCCAGAAGAUGCUGGAAAGUAUGAGGUCUUUGUAGAGAACAGCCAUGGCAUGGACCAGUCCUUUGCACGUGUUGAUGUGAUUUGAGCUCCUGCCUUCCCUGUAUGCCCCUCCCCACCAAAAAACUCUCUGCGCUCAUCAAAUAUAGCCCAGGGUAUCCUACUGCCUGACCCUGGAAUCUGACUGACCAUGGAAAAUGACACUGCCCAGUCCCUGGUGCUGGAGAAAGCUAAUGGGACCCUCAAUGGUGCUACAGAAGAUAAAAUACAGUACCCUGCUGUUUCUCUUACGGCUCCCUUCAGUUCUCUCACCAAUGUCAUUCUGUCUCAGGGGGCACACUCUCCCUGGCUAGAGCCCCCCAUCCUGUCCAAGGGCCAAGUCCAUUCCUCAGGCAGAUGGGGUAAUGGCUGGCUAACAGCAUUGCCACAAGUGCAUGAUGGGCAGCAGUAUGCACUAAACACCAGUACUCCUUACAGUGCGCCUCAGAGACAGUGAAUCAUCUUGGAAGUUUCCAAACUUGUCUUACCUGUUUUAUUGCUAUAUGAAUUAAAUAAAACCUAUUGAUAAUACAA